AUGAGACGUCGACAAGGCUCAAUUUCACAAGAUUCUCGACAGUGGAGACGAGUUCCCGACAUUGAAACGGACUAUGUGAACGAAGCUCAUAUUCAGACAUUCGCAGCUGCUCUCAAUAGCCCGGACGAUAUUUGGGAUGCGUCAGUACCGGGGACGCCUACCCCUCAGGCUCAAUCCAGAGUGCGAAAGGUUUCUGCGCUCUCGGACUUUGCGCCUAUAAACAUCAGGAUCAGGAAGAGAAAGCGACGAGAUAGAGUCCACGGAAAGCGGCAGGAUUGGCUGUUCCUACUGCUUCGGUGGCCCCUUCUGUUCUUCAUAUUCUUAUUCAUCGCCGGGGAGUUCAGCUUGUACGUGCUUAUCCGUCAACUUGUGAAUACAAAGGAGUGGAUAUCUGCAUGGCGGGGGAAGAAGGGGGCAAUGCGGAAACGACUACGGGCGUCGAGUAGCUACGAGGAAUGGAUAGCUGGUGCAAAAACGUUGGAUGAAUACUUAAAAUUCGACGACUGGAAGAAGGUGGAUGAAGAUCCUUACUAUGACUGGAAACUUGUCCGCAAGGUCAAACGUUCCUUGGCCCAUCUGCGAGAGAAGAACGACGUUCGUGGGGUUCUCGGCGUCCUAGAAACCUGCAUACGGGAUAACUUUGGCGGAGUAGAAUCAACUAGAAUAUACAGUGAAACGUUCUACGGAACGAAGUACCUCGUCGAAGGCUAUUUCGACGAGCUACAAUCAGCACUUACGUACAUCAGGGAGUCCCCCGAGCUUUCGUUGGACGAGAAGCGACGGUUCUUCAAGAGUGCUAAUGCUAAUCUAGGCAUUUCUGCCCUAUGCCUGUCAGGGGGUGCAUCAUUUGGUUACUAUCACGUCGGUGUGGUCAAAGCCUUCCUAGACGCAGACUUGCUUCCACGUGUCAUCACUGGAACUAGCGCAGGAGGCCUUAUUGCCGCCCUAGUGUGCACAAGAACCAAUGAAGAACUGAAGAAUUUGUUGGUCCCAGAACUCGCCAACAGGAUCACGGCUUGCGAGGAACCAUUCCCCGUUUGGUUCAAGCGCUUUUGGACGACUGGGGCGCGCUUCGACAGUAUCAUAUGGGCUCGGAAGGCCACCUUCUUCACAAUGGGUUCCAUGACCUUCAAGGAGGCGUACCUCCGAACUGGCCGAAUUCUUAACAUAUCAGUUAUCCCGGCCGAUCGUCACUCGCCUACCAAACUUCUCAACUAUAUCACCGCACCCGACACACUCAUUUGGACCGCUCUGCUGGCUUCCGCCGCGGUGCCCGGCAUUCUCAACCCAGUCGUUUUAUUGCACAAGCUUGCUGACGGUACUGUCGCACCCUGGAGCUGGGGCAGUAAAUUCAAGGAUGGCUCUCUGAGAGUCGACAUUCCAUUGCAAUCACUGAAUCUGUACUUCAAUGUCACACAUCCUGUCGUUUCGCAAGUUAAUCCGCAUGUACAUCUGUUCUUUUUCGCCCCUCGUGGAUCGGCUGGAAAGCCUGUGGCUCACCGCAAAGGCAAAGGUUGGCGAGGCAACUUCAUACUUUCUGCAGCCGAACAAUGGCUCAAACAUGAACUAACCAAGAACUUCAAAGUCAUACGAGAUCUUGAGUUGUUGCCUCAGCUCCUGGGACAAGAUUGGUCUAGUGUAUUCUUGCAACGUUUCGACGGUUCUGUCACGAUCUGGCCUCGAACUAGGCUAUGGGACUGGUUUCGCCUUCUGACUGAUCCUGAUCCUCCUGAACUCGAGAGAAUGAUACAUGUGGGAGAGUUGGUCACCUGGCCGAAGCUCCACAUGAUAGCGAAUAGGGCGAAAAUCGAGAAGGAGAUAUACCUUGGGCGCAAAGCAGUGCGAACAACAAUCCAAGGUGGCCGACCUUCUGUUCGAACAGAUAGGCCACUACGAGCGGUGGACCCAGAGAUUGGCCCUCCUCCUGCAUCCACCACGCCACCUCCAACGGGUUCUGAUGUCCCUCUCUCAGUAGACACAGACACGGAGGCUGCCUUUGCCAAUGGCUCUAGAUGGUUCUUUCAACGAGGCCAUCAUACCGCAUCCCCCAAUUCUGGGACUAGUACUCCGCGGGGUGAUUCGAAGGCGACGAAUAUCCCCGACCCACUGCGAUUGCCCGUUAUUCGCAGAAAGUGGGCUUCUGAUCUCUUACAGUCGCGAUCGAAUGGACAUGAUCAUGAAGGACGGGGAACCGAUAACUCGGAGCGCGAACCAUCAGACUCAAGGCCUUCUACAACCGAAACCCCACCAUCACCCAGUUUCUUCUCCAGACUGCGAGCAACAUCGUUCACCAAGAUGGCGGCCACUCUGCCGCACCGCUUCCGCAGCUCCCCUAACUUGUUAUCUGCGGACGCUCAGUCAGAGCCGAAUUGGAGUAGUGACAGCUCGUCUGAGUUGGACCUUGCCGGGUCCCCUGGGGAUCGCCGACACUUCUUGCGCAGCACAAUUGGAAACCACGAAUUUGAUGAAGGGGAUUCUGAUGGAGACGACUCAUGA